AUGGAUGUGCUAGGCAUAAUCAGCAUACCCAUCGGCAUUGUGGGAGUCAUUGGCAACAGCAUCGUCUGCGUCGUGAUUUGGCACGAUGCCAACCUACGCACCUUGACCAACGCCUUCAUCGUCAACCAGGCUGUGGCAGACCUCCUGUGUUCCCUGGUGCUGCCGUUGCAAUUCAACAUCCCCUCCCCGGACCCGUUACCCGAGGGGAGUUACGGGGAGUUCAUCUGUAAAGUCUGGACGUUUGAGUACAUCCUGUGGCUGUUCCUCAACACCUCCACGCUGGGCCUGGCCGCGCUGACGCUAGAGCGCUACCUGGCCAUCGUGUUCCCAUUCCGGUAUAUUGCCAUCACAGGGACUAAGUGCUUGCCGGUGACCCUCAUCGCAGUCACCUGGCUGCUCAGCGUGGCCUCGGCGACUCUGACGCUGUCCACCGUGGAGUUCUCCGCCGCCCACAACCACUGCGACGUCAGCCCGGAUUUGGAGCUGCGGAACCCGCCGCUGCACGCCCUUCUGAUCGUGGACAGCGUGGUCCUCUUCUUCCUACCAGCCAUCCUGAUGCUCUUCGCUUACGUGCACAUCAUGCUGGUGCUACGGCGCAAGGCGCGCAGCAUCCAACCAAUGCCGUCCAUCACCCACCAGCACAGCAGCAGCAACGACCCCGAAGUCCAACCCCAGGAGAUGCAGAACGCAUCCAUGCUACGCGCAAGUAAAAAUGUCAUCAAGACUCUCCUGCUGGUCUUCGGCGUCUACAUCAUAUGCUGGCUGCCCAAUCUUAUCGCCUUCGUGGUUCAGUUCUCGGACCAAGUCUACCAGCUCACCAUCGUCCUAGGCGCUGCCAACUCCUGUGCAAAUCCCAUCAUCUACGCGUUGAAAUACAAAUCUUUCCAGGCGGGCUUGAAGAAGUUGUUCAGGAGGAGUCACUGA